AUGAAACCAGAAAAUAUUUCAGAUACUGCCAAAUUUGUUCUCCUGGGAUUGUCAGAUGAUCCACAUCUACAGCCCAUCCUCUUGGGACUGUUCCUGUCCAUGUAUCUGGUCACAGUGCUCGGGAACCUGCUCAUAAUCCUGGCUGUCAUCUCUGACUCCCACCUCCACACCCCCAUGUACUUCUUCCUCUCUAACCUGUCCCUGGCUGACAUCUGCUUCAUCACCACCACAGUCCCAAAGAUGAUUGUGAACAUCUCAACUCACAGCAGGGUCAUCUCCUAUGUGAGCUGCUUGACGCAAAUGUCUCUUUUUAUCAUCUUUGGAUGUAUGGAUGCCAUGCUGCUAACUGUGAUGGCCUAUGACCGCUUUGUGGCCAUCUGUCACCCUUUGAGGUACAAUGUCAUCAUGAACCCAAAAGUUUGCUGGCUGCUGGUUCUGCUUUCCUUCAUCAUCAGUGUCCUUGAUGCCUUGCUCCACACCUCCAUGGCACUGCAGCUGUCAUUCUGCACAAACCUGGAGAUUUCCCACUUUUUCUGUGAAUUGGAUCAACUUCUCAAGAUUGCCUGUUCUGAUAUCCUCAUCAAUAGCAUGAUGGAGUAUUUGGUGACAGGACUGCUGGGUGUUGUUCCUCUCUCUGGGAUAAUUUUCUCUUACACUCAAAUUGUCUCUUCUGUCCUGAAAAUCCCAUCAGCUGGUGGAAAGUAUAAAGCUUUCUCCAUUUGUGGGUCACACCUAAUAGGACUUUCUUUGUUCUAUGGCACAGGUUUUGGGGUGUACCUCAGUUCCACAGGUGCUCAGUCCCCCAGGAUGAGUGCAAUUAUCUCAGUGAUGUACACUGUAGUGACUCCCAUGAUGAACCCCUUUAUCUAUAGCCUCAGGAAUAAGGAAAUGCUGAGGUCUUUAGGGAAACUCAUCUUUAGGAUAUCAUCUUUCCAUUCAUAUGUCAGAUGCUUAUACUCCUGGAAUAAGUCAAAGAGAAAAAAGGUAAUGAAUGAUUUGUAA